UCCGACAACAUAUCGAACAUGACUUCCAUGGCUCUACUGGCGAUGAUUUACAUUUUCAUGGCGAUUCUCGGCUACUGGCAAGUGGAAGGAGGACGCCCAGCUAAAAGGCCCACCGUCUACGACUACGAUGACGAGUCGGAAAUGUUCGAGAAGAUGGCGGACCAGGAUUACCAAAUCCAGUCGAACAUACAUAGCAGCGAAAAUGAGGACCCCAUGGGCGAGGCACUGGACACCAGUGACUUGGAUAUGAACCUGGACUACCGCAUGGGCAGGAACGAGGCUCGUUCGCAGCGCAAGUCGCACCUCAAGUUUCCCGAAUCCUGGGCCAAGUUGAUCAAGGAGGCAGAGCCGCAAAUGGACCCGAAGAAAUAAAAGCGUGCCAGAUGAUCGACGAGGAGGACGAGCAGCAG